GCUGGGCGACUUUCGGAUCCUUCUUCUGGAGAAGGAUGCUAUCAGCUACAACUCGGCCAUCGGGGGAUGCCGGGCAUCCUGGCGCCGCGCGGGAAGCCUGCUGGCCCAUGCUGUCUACGCCAGCUUGGCAGACAGCAUCACCUACAGCGCAACGAUCGCUGCCCUGCCGUCAUGGAGCCUCGCCCUCACGAUGCUAGCGGAGGCUUCGCUUCUGCCGACCGUCCCGGUAGAGCGGCUCACCAGCGUGGUGAACGCAGCCGCAGCCUUGUCCGGUGGCCUCCGAACAGCCAGCGGCCAAUGGUUCGAUCAUCCGAUCCGCUGGCAGACAUCCCUCGGCUUGCUCCUGGCUGCAGAGAAACGAAAUAUCGAGCUGGACAUCGCCAGUCACAACAUCCGACUGGGGUCGCAAACCAAAGCUGCAGAUUGGCAGGCCGCCUUCUUGUCCUUCUCGGACAUGAGCCGGUGUUUCCUGACCCCGGACAGCAUCUCUGCCAGUACAAUCUUCCAAAAGCUGCCCUGGGGAGCUGCUUUCUGCAUCCUCUCGGAGCGACUUUCCGCGGGAUUGCGGCCCUCCGAGUCGGUCCUCAAAGCCCUGGCAGAUGCCAUGGAACCGCAGCGACUCUGGGAAUUGGCUCUGGAGUUGCUGGAUGGCCGUUGGCACAAGGUGCACACUGGGCCCAUGAUUCGAUUGCACAACGGUGUGUUGAACACGUGCGCUGCUGCGGCACGAUGGGAAGAGGCCUUGCAAGCUCUGGGACAAGCACAGAGCGCGACUGAGUUGAGUUUUCUUCCGGCCAUCAGCGCAAGUGCGCGGCAGCAAGAAGCAGCUGUUGCACAGCAGCUGUUGUCCGAGAUGCAACAAAGAUCCUUGCAAAGGACAGCUGAAACCUUCACAUCUGCCAUGGGCGCGACCGACGACACUUGGGGUCGAAGCAGCAGUCACCUCGAGGCAGGUUGGCCAUGGGCUUUGCAGAUGAUGCAAGACAUGGUCGGUGCCUUCACCCGUGUAGAUGCCGUGGCCAUGAAUGUGCCGCUGAACAAGUGUGUUCGAGCACAGUGCUGGGCAACAGCAUUGGGACUUGCCGACGCUUUCCACACCAUGAGUGUGCUCGCGACAGCCGUCACUGAUGCCGCCCUCGUCAUGGCACAUGCUGUGGCAGAUAUGUGGCAACUUUCGGUGACGGACACGGAGCUUGGGAGGUGGCCUUGGGGAGUUGCCAAGAAGCCGGGGCCGCUAGAAUUCGCAUGGACACCAUCAGCGUCAACUCUGCCAUCAGUGCUUGCGCUGCUGUGGGGCAGUGGCUCGAGGCGUCCUCACUGUUGCGAUGUGCCAGCUUUGAGAGUCUCCAGCCGGAUGCUUGGACGGUGGACUCGCUGA